AUGCCCUUCGAUCUCUCAACGCUCUCCCUCUACCCAGCAACUCCAGAACAGACCUUAGAGGCGCGUUGCAGGACACACAAUGAAUGGGGCCGUGGCUUAACGCUCGAAGAACAUCUCACCCGCGACACAGCACAAGAGCGAUUUGAAUGUUCCAUCGAUGGGCGGUUUAUGACCUGGGUACUCGCCCCCCGGGACAAUCCGACUACGCUUGACUUCAAAUGUGCCUGCGAGACGUUUCAACGUAUUGGCACUGUCUAUAGCCCUGCUCUCGGCGCCACUGAAGACGUCGCGGGCUAUGGCAUUGCGUCGGUCUUCACCCCACAAGACAGACGCGGGCAGGGCUUUGCGACUCAUAUGAUGAGCCUGUUGCAUUGGGUCCUCGCGGACGAAACUCUGCUUCCAACGAGCGAUUUCCCCAUCGCCAAAUGGGGCGCCCCACCAAUCCAGGUUUCCGGCCUCCGGAAUGCCAGAUUCAGUACACUGUGGAGUGAUGUGGGCGACUUUUACACGAGAUGCGGGGCAGUUUCGUCAACUGGAGGAGGCUGGGUGGUCAGAGGGCAAUCUACGGCGGUCUGGGAUGUCAAAUCAAGUGCCAUAUCUGACAAUACAGACUCAGACUGGGUAUGGCUCGACGAUUCUGGCGUUGCGGAAUUAUGGGACGAAGAUACCAAAACGAUCAACCAUUCUUUAGCGGCGCGCUCAUCCCCUUCCUUCUCAUUUCAUCCCUCGCGGGGUGUCGCCGCCUUCCAGGCCCGUCGCCUCGAUAUGUACAAUGCGAGGCUCGCGAACCCACCUGACAUCUGGGGCGUAACUUCAAGUGAUCACACGACAUACGCAACAUGGGCCAUUGACCCGCGGCCUCCCGCAAAGCGCCAGCUCGUAACGCGUCUUCAGGCAGAAGCACACACCCUACCAGCAUUACUGGAAAAGAUGUUCCAGAUUGCGCGGAAGAACGGUGUCCAGUUAAUCGAAGUGUGGGGGUUGUCGAAGGACAUGGAGGAAGUUGUAAGAACGCUUGGCGCACGGGUUUUUGAGCGAGAUGAGCAUCUUCCCGCGUUUAAGUGGUACGGGAAGGAGUCCGAGGAUAAAGUGUCGUGGGCGUUCAAUGAACGGUUUUGCUGGUGCUGA